UCUCGGGUUAAUUGGACAAAUGUCCUGUAGAAGAAUUAAAGCAAUUGUUUUAAUUUGCAUAAUGAGUUUGGUGCCAAUAAUGAAUUCUUUGUAGAAAGACUCCAGCUUUAUAAUCUUCAGCCUGGGGAGUCGAGCCACAGCUGUGAUGAUUGCUACAGUAAGAUGGAAAUUAGAGAAAAAGUUUCCAAACAUUUACUGAGUAUUUGUCUUCAGGUGACCGGAGGGCAGAUUAACACAUGUUAGAGCAGAAUGCUUCCCUGUGCCAAUAAGGUACAGAUAUUUUUAUCCAAUGAAGAUAAGGAUUGUUGGUUUUAAGCCAAUCGAGCGAGCAGAUGCUGGCAUGUCAGCUAUGGAUAAGCUUGGAAAUGACGGCUAUGCUUGUUGCGUAGGUACCCUAAGGAGCUGUUUGGGAUGAAGGAACUGACAGGAUGCUUGAGUGACAACUUUGAUAUCCUGUGUUUUAUUUUUUUUUUAAUUGAAGGGCCACUUAGUGUGACUCACUUAAAUGCGUAUUACCUCCUUAAUUUUUCAUCAUGCACCUGGCAGUAGUUUCUGAAUUAUUAACUGAGAGCAUUUUCACUUUCACCCGCAGCUAACGUGAUAUUUACAUCUGAGUUUUAAUCGAGUGGCAUCAGCGGAAGAUGAUCAAAGCACACGUGGGCGUCGUGGUGGGGGAAUUCGGACACUUAGGAUGAUGAGUGACGUUCAGUUUACAAUAACGGCUAUUACCGUGCAAACAUUUGCCCACUUUAUGUCCCAAGGCACUGUGUAAAAUCCGUGGAUAAUGGCAGUUAUUGAAAGAAAUUAUUCUUGCUUUUUAAGUGCUUUGUUUCCGAUGGGGGGAGGGUAUUAUUUCUUCCUGCCAGGAUGCCUUGCCGCUGUGCGGGUGCUGAUUUAUGCUUCUGUGGAUCCCCCUGUCCUGCCUUGAACUCCCCUAGGCGUGGUUACUGUUUACUGGCCUUUUAAAGAGGUUUUUGGUAAUGAGAAGCCAGAGGCUUUGAUAGAUUUUUUUUCAUAGAAAGCUAGUCUUAAGAAUCAUAUUUAGAUUGUUUCAUUUGUCUUAUAAUAUUCUUAUUUAUGACAUUUUUGCCCCUUUGGUUGUUCAGUUUAAUAUCUAUCUGCUCUCGCCAUGAAUAUAGCACUAGUUGCUUGACUAAGUAGCUGUACUUUGUUUGCUAGUUGUUCGCUGAAAGAUACCAGUUCAAGCUUCCUCACUGAGAGCUGCCUGCGUUUGACCAUGCAGCCUCAUAAUAAAGUUGUCACACUGCGGUACACUGGAUGAAGAAUGGGUUGCGUUGCUCUCGUUACUAUGUGGGCAGGAUGUGGUUCCCGAUCCUGGUUCUGUUGCCGCACCCUGGGCUGACGGACCCGGCAGAACAGCAGAACGUGAGGUUCAGACUUGCCUGAGGUGGGCCGCGGCGUCCAGGAGCGAUGAGUGAGGAGGAGGAGAACUUUUACAGCGUCCAAGUGGGGGACUCAACCUUCACGGUGCUGAAACGGUACCAGCAGCUCAGGCCCAUCGGAUCCGGGGCGCAGGGCAUCGUCUGCUCAGCGCUGGACUCGGUGCUGGGCAUCCCCGUGGCGGUGAAGAAGCUGAGCCGGCCCUUUCAGAACCAGACCCACGCCAAGCGGGCCUACAGGGAACUCGUGCUGCUCAAAUGUGUCAACCACAAAAACAUCAUUAGGCUGCUCAAUGUCUUCACCCCGCAGAAGUCACUGGAGGACUUCCAGGACCUGUACCUCGUCAUGGAGCUUAUGGAUGCCAGUUUGUGUCAGGUGAUCCACAUGGACCUGGACCACGAGAGGAUGUCCUACCUCCUGUACCAGAUCCUCUGUGGGAUCCGACACCUCCACUCCGCUGGCAUCAUCCACAGGGACCUCAAGCCCAGCAACAUCGUGGUAAAGUCUGAUUGCACUUUGAAGAUCCUGGACUUCGGUCUGGCCAGAACAGCUUGCACCAACUUCAUGAUGACCCCCUAUGUGGUGACGAGGUACUACAGAGCCCCCGAGGUCAUCCUUGGCAUGAGGUACAAGGAGAACGUGGACAUCUGGUCUGUGGGAUGCAUCAUGGGCGAGAUGGUGAAGGGCAACGUUAUUUUCCAGGGAACAGAUCACAUCGAUCAGUGGAAUAAAGUCAUCGAGGUUUUGGGCACGCCCUCGCUGGAGUUUAUGAACCGUCUGAUGGAGACUGUGAGGAACUACGUGAUGAACAAGCCUCAGUACCCCGGUAUCAGCUUCACGGAGCUCUUCCCCGACUGGGCUUUCCCCUCGGAGUCGGAGGACGACCGGCUGAAGACUAGUCAGGCCCGGGACCUGCUGUCCAAGAUGCUGGUGAUUGAUCCUGAGAGACGAAUCUCUGUGCAGGAAGCCCUGAACCACCCCUACAUUCACAUGUGGUAUGACCCGGCUGAGGCUGAUGCGCCCCCUCCUCAGAUCUCAGACAAGCAGCUGGAAGAGAGAGAGCACAGCAUCGAACAGUGGAAAGAGCUGAUCUAUAAAGAAGUGAUGGAUUGGCAGGAGAGGAGCAAGAAUGGAGUAGCGAAGGAGGAGUUGGACUCAGCGGUGAACAGCAGCGCCACGGCAUCCCAGUCGUCAUCCACCAACGACAUCUCUUCCAUGUCCACGGAGCAGACGGUGGCGUCGGACACGGAGAGCAGCGGCAUCGACGUGCUGACGGAGGAGUGCCAGUGAACGCCUUCCCUUCGUCGCGCUUCUCCUCAUCUGUCUGUCGCACUUUCUGUACACAAGCUCACUGUGUGUAGCACACUUUAAGGUCCCACCUGAACAAGAGACACCUUUUUUUUUUUUUUUGGUCCUAUGUUUUAUAUUUCAGAUGAUGUCAUUGAGUCAGACUCUAUUCAUGCAUCGUACCACGUCUCUGUUUUGUCGGGUUUGUCUGAUCCGACGACUGGUGCUGGAACAGCCUUGCAGUCCCCUGACUGUUGUAGAGUGAAUUGAUUUUAGUAUGAGGGGAAUCACAUUUGCAUAUUUCUAUUUUAAAUGCAUAUUUUCUUACUUUUUAACCAAAUCCUUAAUUUUACUUUUUUUUUUUUAAUGUAAUGGAGGUACGUGAAGCAGAUCCAGUCCUGAUAAUCAGUGGGCAGAAUCUGCUUUUUAGCUUAUGAAUCUUCUGAGGCUUGGUCAGACAGCAGGAAACACUGUCCAUUUGUUUUAGUCAUCAUUUAUACUGGGCCAAAUACCCAGCCACCCCUUUCACUUGGACGGUUUCACCGUUGCCUGUUUCAUCCGAGUCAAUCCAAGUGGAUUAUAAAAGAAUGUUUAAAGGAAAGAUAUAAAUGGGACUGAUAUGUGUGUAGCAUGCAUGAAGCUAUUUUUCAGCGGCUAUUGUUACCUCUGUGAUUAAUGCUACUUGAGUGCUAAUGUCUGUGGUCACCCUGAUUGUACCGCUUCCCUCACCCCGAUCAGCAUGGGGAGGGACCUAGCACUCAAAGCCCGGUAAGCAGUGGACCGUUAAGUCACAUGGUCUCGUCAUGCAAAUCUAUUUGAUCAGCAAAAUAUCGUUUGACGUUCUCGCACGUUAUUCGUAGCGAGAGACGGCGGUCGUUUUAGACCCUUCCGGAAGGCCCAGUCACUCCAGGAACGGGCUGACCCUGCUUGCAUGUGGUUUUGGGUAAGAGCGACUGCUAGAUAAACAAAUGUAAAUGGAUUCCAGUUCGCCUACAGAACUCAAUCCUGUGUGUCAUAAAGGAUGAAAGACGGCGUAAACUGAAAACGUUGGGAGUUGCGCCGGUAUCAGCGUAGGGCUGCGUGAUAUCGCGUAGUGACGUAAUCAUGACGUAAUAUGAUUAUUUGGCGUAUGUGCAUUAAUCAGAUGGGCUUCAGGUUUACAGGCCUAAACAUUUGUCCGAUUGCUGGAAUAUGCAGACGUUUACUUACGCCCACAAUUUGGUAAGCAGAUUAGUAGUACACCUUAUGUUUAUUAAAUUUAAUUAGCGGAGCGCCACACGCUACUGUUUUAGUAAAUCAUGGAAGCGAUAAGCACUGAAGUGGUGAAGAAAGGGACAGAUCAGCAGGCACAAAAUAAAAAAUUGAAAAGAUGAGAUAUUGAGGAUAAACAAGGCAAAAAGACAUCAGCGUUGUGGCGGUACUUUUAGCAGUUUAAUGUCCGACGUUUAUUAAACAUAAGGAUACGCUGAAUUUACACAGAUCGCUAAUAUUUUAGGCGCACUGAUAAUCUGCUAAACAUAUUGUGGGCGUAAGUAAACGUCUGCAUAUUCCAGCAAUUGGACAAAGCGUCCGUAUAGUACCGAAAAGCCGGUGUUCUGUCAUAAAAUACUACCUAUGGAGACGUGCUAUCGAGCCUAUCUGCGCAUGUGCAGUUCCACCGGUUUGGGAUUAGGGUUAGGUUUCAGGGGUUAGGGUUAAGGUAAGGGUUUUGGGGGGUUAGGGUUAAGGUAAGAGUUAGGGUUAGGGCUAUCGAUUAGCACUACCGUAGCAUUUUUCGACAAGGCAGCAUAUAUCGACAAAACACCGGCAUGCGGACAAAUGUUCACCACCAUCAUCUGAAGCCCAGGUGAUUAUAAUCGUAUAACCGCAACGUGACGUCGCGCUGCCCUGAAUCAGUGGUUUGAAAUGGGACUUUGGCUUGAGAUGUGUAUUCAUUUAUAUGCGCAUCAUCUUAACGUGACUUUAGCCUUUGAUAUUUGUGCUAAAGAGCACCGUGAGUGGUAUUUAUAUCUUGCGCUGUCAAUAAAACGAUGUAUUAGUAGCCCAGCAUACAACAGCUAAUAAAUGUAUGAAGUUUGGUAAGGGCCCAGCUUACUAUUUUUGUUGUAUUAAUAAUAACUAAUACAGACCAAUAUGAAAUGCUACACUGCUGUUAGACUACUGCUAUUAACUAAUAUGAUGAUAACGAUAAUUGUGGACAAUCGUGAUAAUUAUUGUUGCGGUUGUUUUCGUUAUUUCCAACAAUGAAGAAUUAAGCGAGGCAGGUCGUUUAAAAGUUGCUUCUUAUCGGUGUCCGAUGCUGGUCCUCUGGGUACCUGCAGUGCGGAAGUACCGUGCAGAAAGCAUUUAAUGGAUCCCAAAGGUCAUGCAUAUGCAAACAGUGGGAUACUCAUUUGAUAAUCUUUGUUUCACGGUACGGGGUAGUUUUUUUAUGUUGAUUUUUUUUUUUAGAUGGAUGAAUGCUUUUCGAGUAGCACUUUCUUGUUUUUACUGUAAGUAACUACGAAGAGCUGUUGGGUGUUUAAUCCAUUUCACACUAAAGGUGAUGAUAAACAGGAUGGCUUCCCGAGCAAUGAUCCUGGGCAACUGUCGUACAGAGAAAGGGCAACUUAUCUGGAUCUGUGUGAUCGUGGAAAGUUGCUCGUUGUCGAUGAAAGUUAGCAGAAAUCUGUUGGCCAAUAUCAAUGGGAAACUGAACGAGCAGCACUGCUCAAAGAGCUUCCUUGUAUCAGCAUCACCUUAACACCUCUUCUACUCUAAGUACACUUUACAAACUGCAGGCCGAUGUGAUGACUGGGGGUGAGACUUAAUGCUUGUUGAAGUCUUUCCGGGAGGGUGUUGGGUCUAUCAGCCUCCUGGAUGAGAUGGUUCACUUCCGUUACUCAUCCUUGGCAUGUGAUGGGAGCGCGGCUCAGUUCCGCUGGGUGUGUUGGGAGUUCUGGUGACCUGGAUGUCGGCUUCGUAACUGUAAAUGUCUGCUGGCCGAGACUCCAGGAGACUUGAUCUGACUGUCUGAGAUUCACAGUGCCUCCAAGUGGUUCGUUUUAUAGUUACCCACUGUGCUCUUUUUGAUUUUUUUUUUUCCCAACAUGAUCUGUAAAUAGAAAGUUUUAUCUUUAGUGUGUUGUUCCUGUGUUUGUCAUUAUUUGUAUUGUGUCUGACUGUUUCUGACUAGAGCUGUGUUUCCCAAUCCUGUCCAUAGGGACCCACAUUUUUGCUUCCCCCCCCGGUCCCUGCCAGGCUGUCCACAUUUUUGCUCCCUACCAGGAAUAUUGGGAAACGCUGCUCUAGAGUAUAUUUCUAUUGUCACGUUACCUGUUGGAGACGGAAGACCAGAUUAUGACCUGCGAUCACAGGAAGACCGUAACCUAAAGUACAGGUUCUAGAUGGUCCGAGAACUUCGCAUUUUUCAAUCUUGCCUUAACUGACACCAUGUCUCAAUGCCUGCAACUCAACAUGUGUGGGUAGAGCUGUAUUUAAAGGAAUUUGCAUCCAUUUGAAAUAUUCCAUCGUCUGCUGUAAUGUGGGGGGGGUUGAUGGGUUGCUGAUGGGUUCCCCGGUUCCUCUGCAUGCUGUAACAGUCCAGAUCUGCAUACUGUUAACCAAUCAUUUUAAUCUUCAAUAAGGCAUUUAACACAAACAUACUCCUCAUUUCACUGGUUCAUGUUAUUCUCACAACUUUCCUGCCUUCAGCAGCUGGUGCUUAAGGUCUCUUCCAAACACUCUCACUCAAAAACAUUCCAAAGGAAAUGGAUCGUACCCUUUUGAACUUUAUAUCCGCAGUCGUUCCUCAGAGGACUAACCCCCCCCCCCCCAUGUUAAUAUUUUUUCAGGACAUGAUAGGCAGCAAAAUUUCUAGAAAUGUUUUGGAGGGGAGCUCUGCACGGCUCCUCUGUGUACCAGUAAUCAGAGCGAAGAACCAUUUUUAUUUUAUUAAUUUGAGAUAAAAUCCUGAGGAACUAUUCUCUUCUUGAGCAGUUCUUGCACUCCUUUUUCUUACAGGCUAUUUUUAAUUAAUAUUAUUUUUUGCUUGUUUCUGGGGUGUCGCCCAACACUGUCAACCCGACAGAGUUCCGGGACUGGAACACUAUUUCUCAUUGUGUUUGUUGCCCUCUCAUAUCGAUAUACGUGAACAAAAGUGAUAAUCAACUACAGUGAAGCAGAAAAAAAAAAUAAAAAUGUGCAUAGGAAUGUUGGGUUAAACAAAACUGCUAAAUAAAAAUUUUUUAAAAGUGAGAA